UCAUGUUACUUUGCUCGUCCCUUUCUGGCCUUAAAUCUAUUUUUCCGUGGCUUAGACUUCUCCCAAGGGAGAGUGAGGCCAACUCACAAGGAACUCAUGGAGGAAUGCUUCCGGCACCCGCCCGCACGCAAUCUCCCCACUCCCUCCUCCCUAUAACAGCAGCCCUUCUCCUUCCUCCUCCUCUGAAACUCCGUCGCGCCGCCACCCACCAUGCCUCUCUGUGCCUCCUCUCUUUCGUUUUCUCCCUCCAUCAGAUGGAGACCCAGUUGCUCCACUGGGAUGACGGCUCCGGAGAAAAAUUCUCAGCGGUGCGAUCGAGCCGCUGAGUUAACCUUUCCUGAUGGGGAUUUGGGCCCCGUCCGAAAGUUCAGGAUGUCGGAUUUUGCCUUAUGCGAUCGUGUAAGCGUCGGCCUCCAAGGCAGAAGGGACGAGGUGAUCUUUGAGGCCACGGUUAGGGAUUCCAAUAGCCCGUUGUACAACUCGAGGGUGGUGCUUCGAGAUCUAACUAGUGUACAAGCGAAGCGGCGAGGUAGACGAGCAUUGGAGGUUUUGAAGAAACUUGUUCGGCGGCAGCUCAUGUAUCACUCUUAUGCGAUGCAAGUUCAUGGUUAUGUUUCCCCAUCAAGUGGCGAGGAGGGAGAUCACUUCAUCCUGGUACAUAGU